ACUCUCCUUUCCUUGGGUCCCUCCCCACUCCCCACUCCCACUCCCACUCCCCACUCCCUUUGUUCGUUUGGUGUCUCUUUCCCUCUCAAAGGAGUUUCAGAUAAAGCGGUGAAAGAUGUCUGGUGGUGAUUCUUACCUAAGUGGGGCCCAGCCCUUCGGAAGUGCAGUUUCAUUGUCAAUAAUUAACGGAGCCGUGACACACCGUGACGAUACCGGUGUGGAUAGGUCACUUUACCCCCUUACCGUUACUAAUUUAAGUAAGGUUUCUAAACUUUCAUCGACGAUCCUUCCUGGGUGCCUAACGUCGUCUACCUCCCCGUCCUCCCGUUCCGUCUCCCUGGUUCGAAAACCCUAACCCUAAUUUCUGUCCCCGAAAAAUCCUUCCUUCUUCUCCCUUCUAUGGCCUCCUGCGACGACGACUUCAACCUUCUCAGUGACGAUAACCAGGCUACGCCUCACCCUCACCACCAUCACCACCACCACCAGCUUCAUCACCCCCACCCAUCAUUCGCUCCUCAUCGAUUUGUUGCUGCUGCUGCUGCUGCUAAGCCUACUCCCAUCCACCCUCAUCCUCAGCCACAACUACAGCCUCCUCCUCCUCCUCAUCACCAUCUCAACAACCUUCGUCCUAACACCGUCGCCGGGACCGGCGGUGGAAGUCCUAAGAAGGUUGCCGGGGCCGCAGCUCCUGCAGCAGGCGAUGAAGAAGACACUGAUGCAUACAGCGACGCCGCUUUCUGCUCCCAAGCUGACCCCAAAUGUCCUCCCCCUUUUCACGAUGUUAACCCUAAUUGCUUUGCUCCUGAAGACGAUCCCAACCCCUUCGCUGCAGAUGACGAGUCAGACCCUAACAAAGUUCGACCUGGUAAUGUUCGCACCGAUAAGCGCAAGGAUCGUGACGAGCUCAGCGAUGGAGGUACCCCUUAUAGCUACAAGAAGUCCAAAGCUGGUGGUGGUUCUGGUUCGGCCACGGGUACCUCUGGUGGUGGUGAUUAUAGGAAGGAUCGUGAGGAGUGGAGCGAUACUGCUAUUGGUUGUCUCCUCGACGCGUAUACGGAGAAGUUUGUUCAGCUGAAUCGAGGGAAUCUGAGAGGGAGGGAUUGGGAGGACGUGUCGUCGAUUGUUAGCGAUAGGUGUGAGAAGCAGAAGUCUUAUAAGAGUGUGGAGCAGUGUAAGAAUAAGGUGGAUAAUUUGAAGAAGAGGUAUAAGGUUGAAAGGAAUCGGGUGAGUAGUGGUGGUGUGCCGGCUAGUCACUGGCCUUGGUAUAAGAAGAUGGAACAGAUUGUUGGGAACUCUUCCUCGUCCAGGGCUUUGUCUGAUGAAGAUAAGUCUAUGGGGGCCUCUUCUAGUAUGCUUAGGCAGAACAAGAGAUAUGGAAUUUCAACGCCUAGCCCAGGUGGCUUGCCAAAUACCGUGAAGUCCAAGUCAUUGACAAAUCCUAGAUGGCGGAGAGUAGUUUUUAAAAUUAGUGGUGCUGCAUUAGCUGGCACUGGCCCUCAGAAUAUUGACCCAAAGGUGACCAUGUUGAUUGCUAGAGAAGUUGCAGUGGCUUCCCGCCUUGGAGUGGAGGUUGCAAUUGUUGUUGGGGGUCGUAAUUUCUUUUGUGGAGACACAUGGGUAUCUGCAACUGGUCUUGAUAGAUCUACGGCAUACCAGAUUGGGAUGAUGGCGACUGUAAUGAACUCAAUUUUGCUUCAGUCAGCGUUAGAGAAGAUGGGUGUGCAGACUCGUGUACAAACUGCAUUUCAGAUUCCAGAGGUUGCUGAGCCAUACAGCAGGAAACGGGCUGUUCGGCAUCUUGAAAAAGGCAGAGUUGUUAUAUUCGGUGGUAUUGGAGCAGGCAUGGGAAAUCCACUCUUCACCACGGAUACUGCAGCUGCUUUAAGAGCAUCAGAGAUAAAUGCGGAAGCAAUUCUGAAAGGUACCAGUGUUGAGGGUGUCUAUGACUCUAGAAGCAACACCAAUGUGACUUUUGAGCACAUUUCUUUCCGGGAGUUUGUCACCAGGGGUGUUUCCUCCAUUGACUUGAUGGCAGUAACAUUCUGUGAAGAGAAUGGAAUCCCUGUUGUCAUCUUCAAUCUAAAUGAGCCUGGGAACAUUUCUAGAGCAUUAUGUGGAGACCAAGUUGGUUCCCUGAUUGAUCAAGCAGGAAGGAUCAGCUGAUGCAUAUUGAACCUGUCUUCGGUGGUGAUGCUACUGAAGUCUCGGAAGCAUAAACAAUUUGAACAUAAGAUACAAAACUGAACAUGAUGUAACCUUGGUUCACCGAAACUAAGCUAUUGUGAUCAAUCUCCAUCCAUUUGAAGCCCAAAUGGAAUUCGGGAAGCCUUCACUUUUAAUUUAAAGCUGCUGCUACCUAUGAAUACAGUGACUUUAGUGGAGUUUUGGGAUCUUCUUUGCCACUGGCUAUUUUUAAGUGGCAGGGAUAGGUAACCCAAUUUGUUUUCUGUUUAAGGUUGCUGGGAGGCCACUAUUGUUGAUACAGGUUUAGAGAUAUAAUUGGCCAAUGUUGUGUGCCCUUUGUAUUUAUUUUAACUGUAAAUUGUUUUUGACUGCCCAGUUCAUAAAGUUUGUUUAUCUGAAUUUGAAAGGAUUCAAAAAAGAGAAAGAGAAGAAAUGCACAAAAAUGUUUUUGAUAGCUA